CCUACUUUAUUGUUAUUGCGCAGUUUGUGGCUUGAAUUCACGCGAUUAAAAACGUGUAAUUAAACACACGGAUGCCUUUUGUUUUGUGUUCGAUCCAGAAUUGCUGAACCCUGAAGCUACGGUCCUGUAUAUCACGAUCUUACAUUGAAGAAAUGAUAACUUGUUCUGCCUUGGUACUGCUUGAUUGACAUAUAAUAUAUUAAUACAUGAGGUUACUACAACAUCAAAAAACGGAUAAUAUUAAAUUUCCAACGAUGGAGGUAUUAUUAAGUAACAUAAAAAAUGUCAAGUUACAUAGCCAAAAUGAACUGUUGUUAUGCUUAAAACCUGUCUUAUUCAUUAUCCUGGCAGCCAACCAGAAUCCAGAUUGAUUCAUAACAUUGACAGACGACAACACCAUGGAUGAUCGGGGAGAACAAACGAUUGACUUGAGGAUAAAUCGCUUUGCAGGGCAUGUUAUAUCAUCAGUUGUUGCGAUCAUUAACAAUAUUCCCAUAGAAUACUUCAAUUUUCCAAAAGACGUAUAUUCGAUUAUUGACAAAUGUCAAAAAGUAAAUCUUGUAGUAGACCUCCCAUUAGUUGAAUAUGUUGGGACAUUGCGCAACGACCAACGCAAACAAUGUCAAUUCCUUCUCAUAACACUCAUGAAACAUAAUUCUAUUGACGAUAUAUAUAAUGUGCUGAUAGAAGAUGUAGGUUGGAUACCAUUGGCUUUUGAAAUAAAAAGAAAUGACGUUCAUCGUGACCUUAACAUCCCAUACGCAUGUAAUCCCGAUGAAGACAUGCAAAGAAUCGAACGGAAAUUGCAUGAAUAUGUUGGGUCUGACAAUCCGGCUAUUCGGAAGAUUCGAUUGAAGGAGUUGGUAAGUCGCUGUAUGAAUAAUAGGACCACAAUGUCGAAUCGAGAGCGUCAAGAAGAAAUAAACCUUUUGGCCGUUGCGACAAGGCAUCUUGUGCAAAUGUCUGAUAGUCACGAAGAAACGAUAGAAACGAUAAAUGAAAUGUGGACGGCAGUUCAACAUAAGCGUUAUGAAAACGUCAGCAAAUUUUAUGCAGAACUUGUAUAUCAUGGUCGUGAAAUAAUGAUGAAAGCGGAAGGAGGUGAUGUGACAAGUGUUCGUCAAUACGGUCAGGAACUUGAACGACUAUGCUUGAAGUGUACACAUCCCAGUAUAAUGCCUUUGUUCCACCAGCGACAAGCGUUCGUACUUCGAACCACUUACAAGGCUACAGAACGACCGGACGUAUUGGAAGACGCCAUUCAGCAAUGCAAACAAGGACUGCACUUUGCUCCUGUCUUAAGCGAAGGCAUGAGUUUAAAGUUCAUAUUAUUUUUCAUUUUAGAUAUGGCACAGCUACUACUAAGAGUAAAUCCGGAUUUUACAUGUCAACAGUGGUUUCCAACCCGCGAAACACUGCGUACGAUAAUGUCAGCGAGGGACAAAAUGGAUGAAUUGGAACGAAAUUUUAUGCACAUCAUGUCGACCAAUGAGUUACUUGCUUACAACGUUUGCAGAGCGCGUUUAUAUGAGUUUGAAGAUAUUCAUAGGGCAUUGGAUUAUCUUGACAACUCCUUGCAGAUUUGUGAGCGGGAUGGCAUCAUGCCUGGAAUCGCAAACCAUAUCAGAGACUACAAAGUGCAUCUUGUUGGCAGGUUCCCGUUUUCGUCCACAUUAACACGCUUUUAAAGAAGUCUCAUUUUUGUCAAUCAUAACAUUAUACAACACAUCAACGCAUUAGAAACGCUGGCAGUCAAUGAAUUUGUAUUUUGGAUUAUAUCGUACAUUAUUAAAAGGGAUAUCGACGGUAUUACUUCUUCAAAAAAGACACGGGUUAAUUGUAUUUCCAUAUCGACACGUUUGAUAAGUUUUUGAUUUAAAUAAAAAAAAUAUUUUGAAAAAUAAUAUCAAAGACUAUAAAACCGAUUUAUCUAUAUACAACCUCAGUGGGACUCGACUUUAAGCCUUCAAAUGUCGCAUAAGUUUAUCAUAAACCAAAUAACCACUUUGUUCCAGUAAAAAUAUUUGUUAGGAGUUUAUUUCGUGUACGCAUACAUUAAGUGUCAUUGUCUGAACUCACGUUCACUCAAAACAGUUUGUUUCCAGAAAAAUUUAGCAGUGAAACCGUAAUGCAUAUCGUGCGCUCCAACGACGAUAUAGAGUAUGUUUAUUAUUUGUUCGAAACCAUAUGAGAUCAACUCAGUUGUAUGGAUAUCGAAUAUAAAACCCGGAUCUGACCUUCAUAGUUUAAUAUAUAUUACCGUUACAAAGUUUUAAUUAUGUUCCGUAGUAAAACUAGAAGCGAAUGUAAUCGAUUCAAUAUCGUUCCUCGUGUAAUUUACUAGUAGUGUCUAAUUAUCCUCAUGCAAAACACGCGGGAACCAAACCGAAUGCAAAAAAAGGAAUCAAACAACGCGUUAAAUGUACGCUAUUCGAGUUUAAAAUGGGUUUUAAUGCAUGUGCGUAAAGUAGCGUCCCAUAUUAGCCUGUGCAGUCCACAUAAAAUGUUACAUGUGCAGUGACAAAUUUAAAGUAUAAUAAAAUGCAAAAAGCCAGUUAAAAGUUCUUAAGUUAUGUAUGAUAAACAUGUUGACCGUACUCUGUGAAAAUGGUGUUUACUGCAUGUGCGUAAAGUGUCGUCCCAAACUAGCCUAUGCAAUCCGCCUAAACUGGAUUUUUGCUGAGAAGAUACUUUCUUUAAACAGAGAAUAUCAUAUAAGCGGUAAGUGUCGUCCCUGAUUAGCCUGUGCGAACUGCACAGGCUAAUCUGGGACGGCACUUACGCACAUGCUUUGAACCCUUUUUCACAGAGCAUGGCCCAUAUAUGCUUUUUUAUGUUUACACUUAGAUAUCGUGUAAUUUUAGAAGUUGCAGUAUGUUUGUAGAGAGUAUUUGCGUUAGAAGUUGCAGUAUGUUUGUAGAGAGUAUUUGCGUUAGAAGUUGCAGUAUGUUUGUAGAGAGUAUUUGCGUUAGAAGUUGCAGUAUGUUUGUAGAGAGUAUUUGCGUUAGAAGUUGCAGUAUGUUUGUAGAGAGUAUUUGCGUUAGAAGUUGCAGUAUGUUUGUAGAGAGUAUUUGCGUUAGAAGUUGCAGUAUGUUUGUAGAGAGUAUUUGCGUUAGAAGUUGCAGUAUGUUUGUAGAGAGUAUUUGCGUUAGAAGUUGCAGUAUGUUUGUAGAGAGUAUUUGCGUUAGAAGUUGCAGUAUGUUUGUAGAGAGUAUUUGCGUUAGAAUGUAUCUUCAUAAUCGUAUUCAUUUUAAAACAUAUCGUAUGAUGAACUUAUAUUAUUUUUUGUUGAUCAUCGCAUCCAUGUAUAUAUGUUCUCUCUUUGUUAACAUAUUUAUACAUAAAUUAAAUGUACGUGCUUUAGACUUAUUCUAAAUUGUCUCAAAAAUAACUUAUUAAGUAUGACGUUUUGUUGUUUGUUGUGUUUUAUUAGCUCAUAGUUAUAUUAUAGUUUUUUUAAUUCCUAGAUACAUGUUUUUGUGAAUAUAUGACAAUUGUUUAUUUGUGAAAUUGUUUAGCUCCAUCCUAAAGUUUCCUUGUUAAUCAAAUUGUGUUUAGAUCUGAUCAAACGCUUUCCAUUAUUUUACACCCAUUUUGAGAAUGUGUUUCAACAUCCCUUCUUAAGGCAGAUUUUAAAUACCCGAUUAACAAGGAUACUUUAGAUCUUAUUUGUAUUAUGUGUAUAUAAAGUAUAGUCUAUGGAUCUUGAUUAUCUUAUUGUGUUUCUAAGUUUCAUAUAUAUAUCGACAUUAGUA